AUGGACUCUCUGUGUUUUGCAGGUGUUGGGGAGAGGGAAAUCUUUGCGUUGAUCUCUCUACAUAACAAGCUCCGUGGCUGUGUGAAUCCUCCGGCUGCCAACAUGAGAAGGAUGGUGAGUGGUGUUGGGGGACCAGAGGUGGAUUGCAGCUGCUCUGUGACACUCCACAUUCCUGGCAUGUGGAGUGAGGAUCUGCGCUCUCAGGCCCAGACCGUGGCCUCCCAGUGCCGAUUCGCACCUCCGGAUGAUGGCCAGGUUGGGUGGAAUUUACAGAGUUUCCCAGCAAAGACGAUCUCCUUGCUAGAUUUGAUUCACCUCUGGUACCGCCAGGGAGAGGAUUUUGACUUUGAGAGAGCGCAGUGCGCCCCUAACCGGACCUGCCGCCAUUACACCCAGAUGGUAUGGGCCACAUCGUGGGAGCUAGGCUGCGCUAUCAGUAGAUGCCACUUGGAGGAAGGUGACACUGACAUGAUGGUGUGCGCAUAUUCCCCGGGGGGUAACUGGGACAUCGGAGGAGAGAUUAUCAGCCCCUACCAGUCCGGCUCCUGGUGCAGCUUCUGUACAGCCACCUGGUCAGGAUGUUUCAAGACCUGGGAGCAGCGUGGAGGCCUAUGUGAGGUUCCCCGGAAUCCCUGCCGGAUCAGCUGCAGGAACUAUGGCCGCCUAAACACCACCAACUGCCAGUGUCACUGUGCUCCGGGGUACACUGGCCGCUACUGCCAAGUGCGGUGCGGGUCACGCUGCGUUCACGGUCGGUUUAGAGAAGAUGAAUGUUCCUGCGUGUGCAGAGCUGGAUACGGAGGAGAAGAAUGUACAGGUAACACCAUAGCUCCCAACUAUAUGAGUCUGUCUGUCAUUACAGAGAAGCUGCAGUCAUCUGCUCCAUCCUGUGACAUCCUGAGUGAUGAACUCUGCUUUACAAUCUCCUCACAUCUUCAUUCCUAUUAUGGAGCUAAAAAGGAUUGCCAGUACGGCCUGUGUGUCCUCUCUCACGUUUUGCAGAGGUCGGGGGGAUUUCUGGCUCAGAUAACCGCGCAGAGAAUUCAGGACAUUUUGGCGUUCUUUCUUGCCCGUCUGCAAAAUACGAAUGACGAGACGGACAGAGACCCCCAGAAAUGGAAGUUCUGGAUUGGCCUGACCUAUAAACCGGGCUUCACCUCCUACCGCUGGGACUCCGGGGAGCCCCUGGUCUUCCAGAGCUUUUCCAUGGGACAACCGGACAACCCUGGGACUGGAAACUGUGUAGAGAUGAGAGCCAGCUCAGGAUUUAACUGGAAUGAUCAACAAUGCAAGAUCCAAAACCGUUACAUCUGCCAGCACAAGAUAUAGGAGCCCCCAGGGGCCACCGCCAGAAGAUGAAGCUCUGUCCACAUGCUCCAUAUAGACCCGACACACAACAUAUUACACUAUGAUCUGCCAGUUAUCAAUAAACUACCAUAUCUCCACUGCAGCAAUAUAUACUCCCUGCCAGUGAUGUCAUCACUGCCCCAUAUACAGCUCAUACAUAGACCACAAGGAAAAAAGCAGCCGCCUCGUUCAGUCUAUAUUAUUACCAGAUGCAUGUAUAGUUCAGGUAAUAAAGGAAGAUUUUCAGCACCUUCAAAAAAAAA